AUGCUUGUUUUCUUCUACAGACGCAAGAGCGACUUUGUACGACACCUCUCCCCACUGCUCAUAUUCAAGCGGGCCCUAGCAAAUGACGAUGGCGCGCCAAAGCAUCCUGCCGCUACUCUGAAAGUGCGACUCAGGUUCCCCCGAGCGCGCAGAGACACCAAAUCCCUGUGGUCCAGUACAGGCCCCCACACAACGGCAGUUCCCAUCGCCCGCUGCACCUCCAAGACGGGUUUAUGCGCUUGGGCGCCUUACGAACAGGUAUUUGUGCAUUUGGUUGCGGCUCCUAGCAGCUGCAAGUCGCAUCCCCUCACCUACAACAAGUCCUUCGCCUACCCCUCGCCUGUCUGCCGGCCUGCAUACCCCUUCAUACAAAACAGCGAACCGUCGUAUCGCGAUCCAGGCUUUCCAGGACCUUUCCCAGUUGAAACCCCCGGCAUGUCAGACGUCGGCUCCACUCUUCAUCUCUAUGCGCUUUAG